GAAGCCUCAGACAAGAGCGCAGUUUUUGAACAGAGACUGAAUUGCUGGAUUUACAGCUGUUUCAUAAACAAAUCUUACAGCCUUGAAUUUCACAAUGGAUUUGUAUCCUUAGGAGCUGCAUUAUGUUUUUACUUAAAGUCUUGCUUUUGGGUUUCUUCCUUUUAAGAAGUGAUGGCAGAGUUUACUCUGGAAAGAAGAAAGGGACUCAAAGACUCUACAUUCCCCCUACUCAGAGGCAUCGCAUGGGUCCACAUGUUUGUCAUUCAGGAUAUGGUUCUGGCUGUUGCCCAGGAUGGGCACCUUCGGUGAAUAGCGGGCUUUGUAUCAUACCUGUAUGCUCAUAUAGUUGUGGAAAUGGUUUCUGCAUUGGUCCGAACCUCUGUUCCUGUAGAGAUGGACAGCAAGCAGUUACUUGCACAGAUCAGAAUCCUGCCUUUCACUUCCUUCCUGAAACUGGUCUACAUCACUUGCACAGUGAAGGUCCCCCUCUUUCCUGCCUGACAGCCCCUUGUGAACAUAACUGUAUGCUGAUUGGUGGAAUCCCUGUGUGCAGCUGCUAUGCUGGUUACUUUCUGAGUAAGGAUCAUUAUAGCUGUUAUGAUGUGGAUGAAUGUUCACGGUUUGGAGGUUCUGGGCUCUGUCAACAGGUCUGCAAAAACAGCUUAGGUAGUUACAGAUGCCAGUGUUACCAUGGUUUCCAGCUCUCUGCCAAUGGACGCUCUUGUGUAUCUUCAAAAUAUAGCCCUGGCCAAGCAGGAGUGGCCAACUAUUGUGGAGAAUAUGGAUGUGAUUUAAGCUGCAAUCAUGGAGGCUGUGAACAUAUUGCUAGAGUCUGCCCUGUGGGAUUCACCAUGCUGGAAACUUCUAAUGGAAUUACAUGCAAAGACAUUGACGAAUGUUCUACAGCUUCGUGUAAUGGAUACUGUGUAAACACAGAAGGAGGAUUUGUUUGCGAAUGUGGAGCAGGAAUGCAGCUCUCAUCAGAUAAACACACUUGUGUGGACAUCAAUGAGUGCUCUGGAAACAGAUCUCCUUGUCAUCAGCGAUGCAAGAACACCGUUGGUAGUUACAAAUGUUCCUGUGGACCUGGAUUCUAUCUUCACAGCAACGGACAUUCUUGUAGAGAUAUCAACGAGUGUCGCCUUGAUUCACCUGUAUGUGGCUAUCGGUGUAAAAAUCUAAUUGGUUCAUAUCAUUGCAUCUGUCCAACUGGUUAUCAGCUAGCAAGUGAUGGAUACAGCUGUGAAGAUGUUAAUGAAUGUGCCUCAGGAGAAAAUGAUUGCCAACACAUCUGUCACAACACGAUUGGGAGUUUUGUCUGCCUAUGUCCUAAAGGACUUCAACUCAGUCUGGAUGAUAAAAGCUGCACAGGGCUUCCAGAAUAUAUUAUGGUUCCGGCUGCAAACUUUAAAUCUAUCCAGUCUGCUGACUUUGCACCUACUGCUAGGCUUUUGACCCAAGCAGAACUAACAUCUACAUCUCUGCUGACUUUUGCAGCACUUCAUCCCCCUGCCUUCCUGGCUCCAGCAGUAGCAGAAUCUGACACAACAUCUCCAACAGUACCUGCUUCUGUCUCAGUGCCCCAACCAGUAUCUGCAUCAGACACACCUGAGGCCUAUCCAACCACACAGGGAUCACCAGUUACAGUUACUUCAUCUUCAACAGAGAUUCCAUCCCCACCUUUGCGCUCUACUGCUCUCAUUACAGUUACAUCAACCUCACUUGCCUCUGAUCAAGACACAGCAACAGAUUCUACAAGUUCUAUGAACUUCACCACAACCUUACCCAUGUCCACUCUUCCUUCAUCUAUGUGCUGGUAUGAGGGUGGCCGAUACCUGACUGGACAGGAGUGGAGGACGCCCAGGUGUAUGGAUUGUAAGUGUCAGGAGGGUGAAGUUCUUUGCCAUAAUCUGACAUGUGAUACCUUUUGUACACACCCUGUUCCUCAGCCAGAGGCCUGCUGUCCCACAUGUAACCGUUGCUUUUAUGAUGGAACCAUUUUCAGUGAUGAAGAAGUCUUCUCUCCUGAUGCCAAUAAUUGUACUGUCUGCAUUUGUAUUAUGGGGAAUAUAACAUGCCUCUCUCCGGAAUGCCCUCCAGUUACAUGUGAGACACCUAUUCCAUCUGAUUGCUGUCCUCAAUGCCCAGAGGAUUGUAUCUUUCUUGGUAAUAUUUAUGCAGACAAGGUGAAGUUUACAAGACCAGAUGAUCCAUGCAGUGUGUGUGUGUGUCAGGAUGGUGAAGUAGAAUGCUCCAUUAUACGCUGCCCAGAACUGAGUUGCCCCAGAGAAGAAUGGAAGCUGGAGCCAGGGAAAUGCUGUUUUGCUUGCAUGACAAAGACCACUGCAACAGGUUGUUCUGUGGAUGACAACGGAAUUGAAUUUCCAGUCGGACAAAUCUGGUCCCCUGGUGAUCCUUGUGAAAUCUGCAUCUGCCAGGUUGAUGGCUCCAUUGCCUGUGAGAGAACAGACUGUAUAGAGAUUUGCCAAAAUCCAAUACAAAUUCCUGGACAAUGUUGCCCUGACUGUUCUGCAGGUUGUGCUUAUGAUGGGAGCAUCUAUCAAAACAACCAGACCUUUCCAUCAGCCUCUGACCCCUGUCAAAUGUGUAUCUGUCUGUUAGGUUCUGUGGCUUGUUCCCCUGUGGAGUGCAAUGUCCCCUGCACCUAUCCAUUUAGUUCUGAAGCUGAAUGCUGUCCAUCAUGUACAGACUGUAAUUACGAAGGACGGAAGGUGAUUAAUGGGCAGUCAUUUCACCCUGAGCACAGCUCCUGCACUAACUGUACAUGUCAGUUUGGAGAAGUGAGCUGUGAACCUGUGAUUUGUCCUUUUACUUGCUCCCAUCCAUUAGUGCCACCUGGAGAGUGUUGCCCUACGUGUAAAGAAUGUCUGUAUGAAGAUCAGAUCCUGGAAGAUGGGAUGCAUAUUGUCUCUGACUCAGAUCCGUGUGUUAUUUGCUACUGUGGUGCUGGCAGUGUGGAAUGUAAAUGGGUUGGAGAUUCAUGUCCAGACUUAACAUGUGAACAGCCACUGCUACAACAUCAUGGACACUGCUGCCCAAUCUGCCCUGAUGAGACAUUAUCAACAUCAGAUGCAUCAAACUCUUCUGUGUCAGAAGACAAUACUUCUAAAGAUGAAUUAAUUAUUAAAUAUGCACAAAAUUCAAGAAAAGAAAUUACAUUUCUGAAGCGAAGAGAAGCUACUUUUUUAAAACCAUCUAGCAAAAGUGAUCCCCCUUCUCAUGCUUCAGCUUCCAUUGUUCAUGUCAACAUGACCUCUGAAAUUCCUGCUGCACAUGGAGAUACCAAAGCAUACAUUUAUAAUAUGGAAAGACCUACUGCAAAGGCAUUAUUUCCUUUAUUAGAUACCACCACUAAUAACCAUUACUCUGCCCAAAAGGACGCAGGAGUACAUAUUCCCUCUUCAGAAUUUUCUUCUUCAAAAAUGAAAGCAAAACAUGAUAUGGGACUAUGCAAUACACCAGAAGAAUCUGCUUCACAAAAACAUGUCCAGAUAGAAAAUAAUUCCCCUGCUAAUGAGAAUACUGCAGAAACUCCAGUUGUCAUUAAAAGCAAAAAUGGACUGCCUUUGUCUAGUGGCCAGAGAAGUAAUAUUUUCUCAUCCUUGAAUCAGCUAAUAAGUACAGACCUUUCUCUUUUCAGUUUUAAAAGGAAAACGAUAGGGCACCCUUCUGUUUCUCCAAGAAACAACACAACUGUACAGGAUCGUACCAUCAAUAAUGAAUUCACCUCAGAAGGAAAUGCUAAAGUACCUUUGCUAACUACACAGGAACAAACUACAAAACCUGUUCAGUCCAAAGAGCAGUAUGUUGAAAUACAGUAUGCUGAUGUCAUCAUGCCUAAAAUGACUUCACAAAAAGGUACCCCAACACCUCUUUUAAAUGACUGCCACCUUUUACCAUUUCUAAUGAGAAAAACAAAAACACUAUGUAAAACACAAGAGACUAAACCUCUGGACACAGUAAGGCCAGGAAUAACAACAGAUCAAACCACAAAAAAUAUGAUUAAAGAAAUAAAAUAUUCUGCAGAAAGAACUACCAUGGCUCUGGCCACACAUAUGACACGUAGUAGCCAAGUCAAGCCAGUCACACCUUCACAAAAUGUCUUGAGGUAAUUACAAGAAUGAAUUCCAUCCUUGGAACGUCAUUUCAUUCUGACUGAUAAACUUUAUUUUUCUGUUUUAAGUUUUGAUACAAUCCUCCUUCACACAAGUGAUCAUUGUUCAAAAACAUCAAAAAGAAUUUUGAAGAGUAACUGGAAUUUUCAGAUCACUGGGAAUUCUGAAUUAAUAAUUCAAUGGUAACUGAAGGCCAGUAAAGUUAAAGUAUAUUUAAGUAAUAGUCUAAAGGCAGAAAGGGUAGAAAAGAUUUUAGCUCUUGUAUACUGUUUAGCAAUUUAAUUUACUAUAAUAUGACAAUAGUAUAAUAUGAAAACCCUUACAGGUAUCUUUUUAUGAAGGAAGUUAUGGAGAUGCCUGCAUUCAGGACAACUGAAAUGUUUAAAGUUGGCUAAAUGAAGACCAGUACUGAAAGGACAGAUAAUGGCAGCCAGAUAGUUUGCAUAAACAAUAGUGAAGGCUCCCACUACACACAGUUUUAUGUAAUUUAAGUCCUCCAUGUACCCACCUUAAUAAUACUUAGUUCCAAGGUCACUGCAUCUCAUGCAAAGUGACUUUGGAAAAUAGAGGCUUGCACAAUCGACAGCACAAAAUUGGAAUCCAAGGGGCUGGUUUACAACCAACCACACACAUCCACAUUUAAUGAUAACUUUAACAUAUAGGAAUAUAUAUGAUUUCUGUUUCCAGUGUGCUGCAGUCAGUAGAAGUGGAAAGAAAGAAAGAUAGAAAGA